AUGUCAACUCCUAGUUUGAAACGAUCUAUCAGUGAAAUCAGCGAUAGGAUAAGCAGAGCAUCCCCAAGAAAGGAUAAGAAGGUGAAACGAUCAUCUACGUCGGUUCCUUCCUUUCCUUACACGAAUUUGGAUCAUGUGGAUUUGACACGACCUAGUGGAGAACGGACGUUGCCAAGUGAGCUGCAAUGGUAUGACAAAUUUAGUCCGAAGAGAGUUGAUGACAUCGCAUUGCAUAAGAAGAAGAUAGAGGAAGUACGGUAUUAUUUAGAGGGUAUGGUCUCAGGGAAAUCAGAUGAACGGAUUCUUCUGUUAAGUGGGCCUGCAGGUUGUUCUAAAAGUACUUGUGUUAAGCUUAUAAGCGAUGAGAUAGUGCCUCGUUAUAGAGCUACGUCAGGACUCACAGUGAGUGGAAGGGAAGUUCCGAAUUUUACAGAAUAUCUUACAGAUAUGAGUAGCGUUUCACCAUCUGAGUCGUUUGAUGAUUUUUUGCUUCAAUCUAAGUACUUAAUCGGUAGGAAUUUGUCAGUACUUCUUGUCGAAGAUCUGCCGAAUGUUUUCCACGAGUCAACGUUGAAAAGGUUCAGGGAGAGUAUUCUCUCGUGGCUCUUUGCUUCUGAUCGUCUACCACCACUGGUGAUUUGUCUUACUGAAUGUCAACUACUGGACUCGAAUUCUACUAAUUCAUCAUUUGGAAUAGAUUCUACCUUCAUUUCAGAAACAAUCUUGGGCAAAGAUAUCUUGAUGCACCCGUUGUUGCAUCGAAUUAAGUUUAAUCCCAUCAAUGCAACAUUAAUGACGAAGCAUUUAAAGCAGAUAAUACAGAAAGUUAGAAGAGAAAUCCCCUCAGAGAAAUACCAAAGAAGUGGCACUUUCAUUAAGAACCUUGCAUCUAGUACAGGUGAUAUUCGAUCUGGCAUCGCGGCAUUACAAUUCUGGUGCACUUCUAGCUUUGAUGAAACUAAUAGUAUUUUCACGAGAGAAAGUUCAACAAGUUAUUUCCAUGGUAUUGGUAAGGUAAUAUAUGGAUCGAAGGAUAAUGAAAAUGAUAGGUAUAUGAUAAAUGAGCUUGUUGACGGCGGAACAAUUGCCAAUGACACGUUCAAAUUGGGUAUCCUGGAGAAUUUCUCUAAAUUAAACAAAUCACAGUUCCCGCUGCACUAUGCUGCAGAUGUUGUGGACACAUUGAGUAUAACGGACACACUACGACCUCUAGAAGAAGAACCUCUGUAUUAUUGUCUUGGGAAAGUUAGAAAUAUUUCUAGCGAUGUGAAAAGUUCCAAUCACAGCGUACAUGGUCAAGCAAACUUUCCAAGAGAGUAUAAGAUGGUUCAGGAACAAAAGAGGUUUCAAUUUCAAUUGCAGGAUUUCAUUGCUGUUGAAUUUUACAAAUACCACUCCUUGUGGUCCACCAAAGACGCGGUUCUUUAUGGGAGUUAUUUUGGUCCUGAAAUACGUAAAUUCCUAUCAUUUAAGGCGAAGUCUUUGAAAUAUUAUAUUGAUUCGUUGAAACCUACCACAGAACAAUAUAAUGAUUAUAUGUCUAAGUAUAGGAGAUUAUUGACGAUAGACGAUCUUGACAUCUUGGAAAGAGUUGGUGGUGAAAUGAGGAUGAUGCAUGCAACUUCUGAAUUAACGACUAGUUUAGAUGAUUCUAAGAGCGAAAAUUUAGCAUUAACCAAUGAACGGAACUUGGAAAAACUGAAAUCUUUGCAGAAGCAGUCGCUCCUAGACGAGGACCCCUCUACUUUACCAGAUAACCAUGAUUUCAAAGAUGAUCCGAUAGUGGAUUCAGACAGCGAGCCAGCUAUCGGUCUGGAAGUAGAAGAGGGUGACUCUGAACUUUACGAAAUUUUGUCCCAAAGGCCAAAACAAACGAAGUUCAAUGGCACUCAGAACUCAAUUAAUGAAGACGUUCCUCUAUCUGAUUCUGAUAUAGAGAACCUAUAG